AUGACCCACACAGAACCCGAGAUCCUGCUUCGGUUUUCCUCACUUCACCGGCUCCAGCGAGUCACCGCGUGGUGCCUUCGGUGGCGGCGCCCGGCGGUGCCCAAGGAAAAGAACGCCUCCCGAAACGUGGAACCCACGCUCCAGGCGGACGAGCUCGACACCGCGCUCUCUAGAUGGUUACGCCGAGUGCAAGGCCUGCACUAUCCCGACGAGGUCGCCGCCAUCACCGCACGUCGUCCUGUAUCGCCGAAAAGCAGACUCGCGAAGUUAAGCCCUUUCCUUGACGAGAACAGCAUACUGCGAGUCGGAGGUCGCCUCAAGCACGCGAUACUUUCGCAAGAUGAGCGACACCCCAUGAUCGUGCCAACCGCCUCAUGGCUCACCCAACUGCUGGUGGAGGCAUGCCAUCGCAGGACCCUGCACGGAGGAGUGCAACUUACCCUCGGGCUGCUGCGUCUCAGAUUUUGGAUUCUUCAGGGCCGGUCCAGAGUAAGACAGUUGCUGCAUCGCUGCGUCAUUUGCACUCGGUGGAGAGCCGCUACACCGCAGACUACAAUGGGCAAUCUGCGACACGGACGAGUUACUCCAGUUCGCCCGUUUCUACGAACCGGCGUGGACUACACUGGACCAAUUCAACUCCGCACAAGCAAGGGUCGAGGACAAAAAGCUCACAAAGAGUUUAUCGCCGUAUUCGUCUGCCUAUGCACAAAGGCUGUACACUUAGAUGUUGUGUCCGAUUACACAUCGGACGCAUUUCUUGCCGCCUUUCGACGCUUUACUUCGCGCCGAGGCCUUUGCGAAGAGAUAUACUCCGACUGCGGCACAAAUUUCAUCGGGGCAGACAACGCACUUCGAGAGCUCUUUGCCGCUUCCUCCACCUCUGGUCGCCGAAUAGCCCACGCGGCCACAACGGAAGGAAUCAAAUGGCGAUUCAAUCCUCCUGCAGCACCGCACUUCGGAGGGCUUUGGGAAGCCGCCGUCAAAUCUACCAAGCACCACCUUCGCCGAGUCAUUGGAGAGACCACACUCACCUUCGAGGAAAUGACUACUCUCCUGGCUCAAAUUGAAGCGUGCCUCAAUUCACGACCGCUCAGAGCACUAUCCGACGAUCCGGACGACAUCUCCGCAUUAACACCAGGUCACUUCUUAAUCGGUGCCCCCCUCCUGGCCGUACCCGAACCGUCUCUCAUCAAGGAACCUGACUACUCGCUCUCCCGAUGGCAACACCUGCAAAAAAUGCGCGAUCAUUUCUGGGAACGAUGGUCACGCGAGUACAUUUAG